AUGCUUUUCAUCUGUGGUGGUGUCGGCUGCUAUAAGAAAGAUUUUCCGGAGCGAGUGUUAAAAGCGUUCAGUCCUGCUCAUUAUACGAUCAUUUGUAUCGAUCCGCCAGGUUAUGGUACCAGUCGUCCACCUGAUAGAAAGCAAGAAGUCAAUCGUUGUAUGAAAGACGCGUCAUUCUGUAUCAAACUUAUGGAGCAUUUGAAUUUGACACCAUUUGUGGUGCUGGGCUGGAGUGAAGGCGCACGAACAGCAGUUCAUGUUGCUGGCCAAGGAAAACAACUUGUCAACGGUAUGAUCCUACUCUCUGCAGGCACUCGGGUCGAUUUUCGUGGAGCUGGUAUAUUUCGAGGAAUGCGCAACACAGAACAGUGGAUGCCGGAUGCUAUGGAAGUGUAUCUGAAGCACUAUCCUAAGGAAUUUGUUACAAAACAAUGGGCUGACCUCUGCGACGUCGUGCAACAGGUUUACGAAUUGCUGGGCGGGCGUUUUCCAUCCGAUUACGUUUUGCCGAGCUUGAAAAUUCCAGCACUGGUUUUGAAUGGCGGUAUGGAUCGAUUUUGUGCCGAUCCAAAAUAUUUUACAACUGUUCUUGCCAAUUGCAAGUUC